AAUUCAAAUACAUAAAAUCACUUAAUCAAAUCCAAAUUCAUACAUAUAUAUAUACCUUCUUCCAAACAAUCUUCAUCCUGCUCACAGUGGUGCAAAACAAUGGAGAAGAAGACACCAGAACUCAUAUUCUGUCCAUGUCCCGGAAUUGGACACAUGAUCUCCGCCGUGGAGCUUGCAAAACACAUCGCCGGCGGCCAUGGCCAACACUUCCACGUAACAAUCCUCACCAUGCAGCACCACUACUUUGCAUGGGCCGGAACUACCACGUCCUACAUCAACUCCGUCAUAUCCUCCGGCCUAGACAUCCAAUUUGAGGAUCUCCCACUUGUUAAACUUCCAUACAAAGACAACAUGAAAGGUGAGACCUUCAUGUGCCUUUUCAUAGAAGCUCACAAGAACCAUGUUCGUGACGCUGUCUCACGCCGUCUUGCCACCGGUCCGGUUGCCGCCUUAGUCUUGGACGUCUUGUGUGCAUCCAUGAUUGAUUUGGCUAAAGAGUUGGAUGUGCCGAGUUACAUCUACAUGCCUUCAAAUGCUACCUUUCUUGGCUUGAUGCUCUACCUUCCAACACUCCAUGUUAAGGUGCCAUUAGAGAUUGAGGAUGUCAAGGAUGUGAUAAAUAUCCCAGUUCUCCGUUCAGCACCACCAUCCUCAAUGCCAACUUUUAUGGCAGACAAGAAGGAUGAAGCCUAUACUAUGCUCCUUGAUUAUGGCUACAAGAUGAGAGAAGCUACAGGGUUUAUAGUGAACACGUUUGUGGAGCUGGAGAUGAAGCAGUUGGAGGCUUUGGAGAGAGGUGAGUGUGUGCCGGACCAAGCAACGCCGGUUGUAUUUCCGAUAGGACCAUUGGUUGUGUCUGAGGAGCAGGAGAAGCAUGAGUGCAUCAAGUGGUUGGAUGAGCAGCCGGCGAACUCGGUGCUGUUCUUGUGCUUUGGAAGUGUUGGGUGUUUUACUAAGGACGUGGUGAAGGAGAUGGCUUUGGGGUUGGAGAGGAGUGGGCAGAGGUUCUUAUGGGUAUUGCGCACGCCGGCACAAGUUUAUAAUCCAAUUGCUGGCGAUGUUAAUCUUGAAGAUGAGCUGCCUGAGGGGUUCUUCGAGAGGACGAGGGAGAGGGGGUUGGUGUGGCCAGCUUGGAUUCCGCAGCUCAGCGUGCUCGCGCACGCAGCUGUGGCAGGAUUUGUGACACAUUGUGGAUGGAACUCGAUCUUGGAGAGCUUGUGGCAUGGCGUGCCAAUGCUUGCAUGGCCAUUGUAUGCAGAGCAGCACAUGAAUGCAGUGUUGGUGGUGAGAGAGAUGGGUGUUGGUUUGGAGCUCAAAGUUGAUAGGAACAAUGGAGGAUUUGUUAGCUCAGAGGAGUUGGAGAGUGGGAUCAGAAGCUUGAUGGAAGGAGAAGAAGGAAGGAAGGUGAGGCAGAGGGCUGAAGAGAUGAAGGUGUCUGGCAGAAAGGCUGUAGAAGGAGGUUCUUCUUAUGUUUCUUUGGAGCUCCUUGUUCACCAGAUUAUUAAGAACAUUGCAACAUAAUUGGUACCUGACAGAAGAGUUA